AUGGCCCAAAUCUGGCACAGCUUGGUAGGAGCCCAGAUCCUCAAACAGUCAUGCAUCAACGAUUCCUGCAGCGCCAAGCGCAUCACAAUCUCCAACCCCCCCAUCAAUCUAUGGGACGCCAACGUCAUCACCGCAUUCAACGCCUUCAUGCUCAGCCUACAAGAUCAAAACGACACCAAAGUCGUAGUUUUCGACAGCGACAGCCCCGACUUCUGGGCCUCUACUCUUGACUUCAACCUCUUUUCGCCGAAUGGCAUCCCAGGACGCAAUGUCUCUGCUCUCACAAACGGCCGAGCCUGGGGCGCCGGAGACGAGCAUCUGCUCAGAAUGGACAUGCGAUUUGCCGGUCCACAGGCACAAUUCGGCGCCCCUGAAGCAGCCGUCGGAGUGAUCCACGUCGGAGGUCUCCAACAGCUAGUAAGGCUCAUUGGUCCUGGACGUGCUUCGGAAUAUCUGCUUGCCGCCGCUCAAGUCAGUGCUUCUGAAGCAGCCCGCGUAGGCUGGGUCAACUCUGUGUAUCCCACAGUCAAGGCUCUUCAUCAGCAUGUCGACAGCGUGGCGACGAGAAUUGCACUCUUUCCCAUCGAGGCACUUCAGGCCACCAAGGCUAGCAUUGCAGAGCAAGCUCCACCUAAGACGGCCUUUGAAAACGAUCUUGCUCGGUUCAAUCAGUUGGCAUCGUUGCCACAGGCGUUGGAAAACUUGGCCAGCGUUCUCCGGCUAUCUCAUAACCAAUCCAGAUCAUGGGAAGAGAAUCUCAACAGUAAUAUUGUCCAGCAGCUUUAUUAA